AAAUUCACCGGACCCUUUGCCUAUUACUUUUCAAACUUGUCUUGGUCACCAAGGCUAUGCAAUGCCAACGCCAUCGUUCAUGUUUUAUACACCACAAAUGCACUUCAUCACAUUCUUGGUUAAGAAAGGUCCAACACCUUCACUGUUUCCAUCAUUCAUUAGAUGCAUAGUCCUUCUUCCAAAUUUAACUAACCAACCUUCCAAGCGUGUGAGCAUCACCUUAUCUUCUUCCUCGUCCCAAAACUGAUCUCUUUCUUUGUGACAUAAUCAUCAGCAAUUCUUUUUUGGUAACAACAACUUCAUUCACUAAUGAUGGCAGCAGAUGACUCUACCAAGAGAAACUCAAAUGUUCAGCUCCUUGAGGAACUAGAGGCCCUUAGUGAAACCCUUAACCAAUCGCACACCUCAAACACAAAUAGAAGAACAGCUUCAUUAGCUAUACCGAGAGCCUCACCUUCUUUUGUCUCAUUUGCUGAUGAUGACAAUGACACUGCUAAAGUUAACAACAAGCAAAGCAACAAAACCCGGUCUCGCCGCAUGUCCUUGUCUCCAUGGAGAUCAAGGCCAAAGCCUGAAGAUGCCAAGGCACCUCUCACUCAGCCAGAUACGAAAAAGUUUGAUGACACAGCAAAUUCAGGUGACAAGAAAGGGAUUUGGAACUGGAAGCCUAUGAGGGCCCUUUCUCAUAUUGGAAUGCAUAAACUAAGCUGUUUGUUUUCUGUCGAAGUGGUCACUGCUCAAGGCCUUCCUUCAUCCAUGAAUGGACUAAGGCUUUCUGUUUGUGUUAGAAAGAAAGAGACCAAAGAUGGGAGUGUUCAGACAAUGCCAUCAAGGGUUGAUCAAGGUGCUGCAGAUUUUGAAGAGACCCUUUUCAUAAGGUGCCAUGUUUAUUGCAACCAUGGUAGCGGAAAGCAGCUUAAGUUUGAGCCAAGACCAUUUUGGUUAUGCCUUGUUGCAGUUGAUGCCAAAGAACUUAGUUUUGGAAGAAACAGUGUGGACUUGAGCCAGUUGAUUCAAGAAUCCGUUGAGAAAAGCCAGCAAGGCUUGCGUGUGAGGCAGUGGGACACAAGCUUUGGCUUAUCAGGGAAGGCAAAAGGUGGAGAACUGGUUCUGAAACUAGGCUUCCAAAUCAUGGAGAAAGAAGGAGGGGUUCAGAUAUACAACCAGGAUGAGAAUAUGAAGUCCAAAAGGUUCAGAAAUCUCACAUCUGCAUUUGCUCGCAAACAAUCCAAGUCAUCAUUCAGCUUGCCUAGUCCAAGAAUAACAAGCAGAAGUGAUGCUUGGACUCCUUCACAGAGAAGGUUAGCAGAAGAUCUUCAAGGUAUAGAUGAUUUGAAUCUUGAGGAUCCACACCUAGUUCAUGAUGCCCCUCCCUCUAUCCAGAAACUUGAUGGUUGCAAAGAGAACGUGGAGGAUUUUGAUCUCCCAGACUUUGAGGUUGUUGAUAAAGGGGUUGAGGUUCAAGAGAAGAAAGAAUUAUAUGACGGAGAAGAAUCUGAGAAAUCCAUAGAAGUGAAGUCAGCUACAAGUGAGGUCGUCAAGGAAAUAAUGCAUGAUCAGUUGCGCCUGACUAGAUUAACAGAGCUUGAUUCAAUUGCCAAGCAGAUAAAGGCUCUUGAGUCCAUCAUGGUAGAAGAUAACAAGUUCACAAAAGGUGAGGAAGCUGAGUCACUAAGAUUGGAUUCUGAUGAAGAAAACGUGACAAGGGAGUUUCUUCAUAUGCUUGAGGAUCAAAAGGCCAGAGGUUUCAAACUAAACCAAUCUGAAACCCCCCCAUUACAAAUUGCAGAGGCAGAAUCUAAAGUGUAUCUCCCAGAUCUUGGCAAGGGCUUGGGGUGUGUGGUUCAAACAAAGGAUGGAGGCUACUUGACAUCUAUGAAUCCUUUAGAUAAUGCUGUGGCUAGAAAUGAGACUCCAAAGCUAGCCAUGCAGAUGUCAAAGCCUUAUGUGUUGGCAUCAAAUCAGUCCCCAAAUGGGUUAGAGUUGUUUCAGAAAUUGGCUGGCAUUGGUCUUGAUGAACUCAGCUGUCAAGUUUUCUCCAUGAUGCCCCUAGAUGAACUGAUAGGUAAAACUGCUGAACAGAUUGCCUUUGAAGGCAUUGCUUCUGCCAUCAUACAAGGAAGAAACAAAGAAGGAGCCAGUUCUAGUGCUGCACGUAUAGUUUCUGCCCUCAAAGGAAUGGCAAAUGCAAUGAGUUCAGGAAGACAAGAACGGAUUUCAACAGGACUUUGGAAUGUGGACGAAACCCCAUUUACAGCAGAGAAUAUUCUGGCCUUCACAAUGCAGAAGAUUGAGUUCAUGGCAGUGGAAGGGUUGAAAAUCCAAGCUGACAUGACAGAGGAAGAAGCUCCCUUUGAUGUUUCUCCACUUAGCACUGAGGAAGGGAACAAAGAGAAUGAACUAUUAGCUUCUGCUGUUUCACUUGAGGAUUGGAUCAGAGACCAAAGCUACAGUGACACUGCUUCAAGUUCUGAUGAUGAGACAUCAAACAUCACACUUAUAUUUGUUGUCCAACUGAGGGAUCCAAUAAGGAGAUUUGAAGCAGUUGGAGGUCCUAUGAUGGUGCUCAUUCAUGCAACAAGUGAAGAACACACAAAAGGGAGUGAAUGUGAUCACUACCAAGAUAAUGAGGAAGAGAAAGAGUUCAAGGUAACAAGCAUGCAUGUGGGAAGUUUGAAAGUGAGGAGUGUUACAAAGAAUGCAUGGGACAGUGAGAAGCAAAGGCUAACUGCAAUGCAGUGGUUGAUUGAAUAUGGGUUGGGAAAGGCAGGGAAGAAAGGCAAGCAUGCAUUGGUAAAAGGGCCAGAUUUGUUGUGGAGCAUUUCAUCAAGAAUCAUGGCUGACAUGUGGCUCAAAACCAUGAGAAAUCCAGAUGUCAAACUUGUGAAGGAAUAAGCAUAUCCACUGUGUUGUUAUGUUAAUUCACUUAAUUGUGCUAUACGUUUUAGUUUUAGCAAGUUUGUGAUACUUAAAAAUCUUGCAUUCAUGUCUAGUGUAGGGGCUCCAUAAAAAUUUUAAUAGGAUAUUCAAGACUCAAGAGGGCUUGUUAGAGCUUGAGGUUUUUAUGUAUACAAUAAUUGCUAAAAUAUAGAAAUAGUUUCUUAUUUUAUUUUUUAGUUUUUA